UACAUUUGACAGCAAGACACUUGUCAUGCGAAAGAAGCGAUAGAAAACAGUCCAGUCAUGACAAAAUGGCGAGCGGUGUUGGAAAACAUAAACUGCUGCUGGGCCCGACAGACCCAUGGUCAGUUAGGGAGAAGCUGUGCCUCGCCUCAUCUGUCAUGAAGAGUGGAGACCAAAACUGGGUGUCUGUGAGUCGCGCCAUUAAGCCGUUUGCAGAACCUGGGCGUCCUCCUGACUGGUUCUCUCAGAAGCAUUGUGCAUCACAGUAUUCUGAGCUCCUGGAGACAACAGAGGCGCCAAAGAGGAAGCGGGGUGAGAAAGGCGAGGUGGUGGAGACGGUGGAGGAUGUGAUUGUUCGCAGGUUGACGGCAGAGAGGAUCGAGGAGUUGAAGCGAUUGAUCAAAGACACACAAGAGAAGCACAGGAAACUGAAGAGGGAAAGUGAACUUAUCCAGGCUGGUCAUCUGGACUCCAAACUCGAGGAGCUAUGGGAGGAAAUUGUACGGAGCAGAAAACAAGAGGAAGAGGAAGCUGAGGUGAAAAGAAAAGCCACAGAUGCAGCGUACCAGGCCAGGCAGGCAGUGAAGAACACUCCUAAACGUGUGCCCAGUGUGACCGUACGCUCCCCCUCUGGGGCCUGCUCUCCAAGCCUGGAUUUUCCUAUUGGAGAUUCAUCUGAAGAUCCUGGCUCAGCUGCGGCAGGACCAACAGUGUUUGUGCCGUUGACGGAGCUGCCCGGCCCUGGAGUGGUAGAGGCCAGUUUGGGGUCUCUGCUGGAUGAAUCAACACAGAAGAAGCUUUUGGGUCAGAAGAUCACGCCGCCUCCAUCUCCUCUCCUGUCAGAACUGCUGAAGAAAGGAAGCCUCCUGCCCACCAGCCCCAGACUGGCAGUCGAGGGAGAAACCCCAUCUAAUCAACUUACAGGGAGUCAUGAGAAUCAGAUGAUGACUUCUUCACUACCAGCCUCUCAGGCAGCUACAGGUGCUCCUACACUGUCUCGUCUGCUGGAGGCAGGCCCCGCCCAGUUCCCCUCUCAGCUCAGCUCAUUUGCCACUGCAGACUCCGCCCCCAGCGCUGCCAUCUCUGCAGUGGAUGUCGUUGCCCCGCUCAGCACAGGUGAUGGAGCUGCUGGUGCUUCAGUGGAUACUAAGGAGGCAGUUUUAGGAGAAGAGGAUCUGGUGACGGUGUCUUAUAUGGCAGAGGAGCUGGACUUGGAGACAGUUGGGGACAUCAUAGCCAUUAUCGAGGAGAAGGGCGAUGAGAACGCAGAGGCGCUGGAUGCUGCAGUAGUGGAAGCUGCUUUGUCUCUGUGUGAGGACACGGGUCACAAUCUGACAGGCUCCUGGGAGCCAAACCCCUUCAGGUCCAUUGGCCCAGAACCAUCCAGCACUUCAGCAGACUUAGACCCGCACUCGAUGAAUCUCUUAGAGGGGAAGAGAGAGGGUCCAGACACGUGUGGAUCCAGCAGUGGCUGCGCACAGAUGUACUCCACCCCCUCCAGCACUAUUCCGUCUGUUCCUCAAGACCCCACACCUACAGCUGGAGCCCAUCCAGAGCCUGAUGCACCCAGACAAGAGCACACAGACAAGGCCCAGGACGAGCAACCGGAGUCACUGCAUUCUCUUAUCAAAAGUGAGACUGAGGAAUGGACACGCUCUCAAUCAGAUGCGCGGUCAGACGAUGACCUGGUGAUAAAACAGCACUCAAAGCAGGAAGUAAAAGAGGAAGAGGAGGAAGCAGCAAGCGAUGCGGAGGACUGCAGUGUGUCGGAGAUGAAAGGCGGAAUGGAAGGGGAUGGAGCGGAGGAUUGUGGAGGAGAGGAGGACGGAGAUGCUGUUUAUCUCUCUGAAGCAGACGGGGACACCGAGCUGGAUCCUCCGGCUAGCGAGAGCGAGGAUGGCUACAGCAUGCACACGGCCUCCUCAUCCGUACAGCAAAACACCACGGCAGACUCCAUUCCCAGCAGCCCUGCCUCCUCACAGUUCUCUAUCUGCAGUGAAGACCAGGAAGCCAUUCAGGCUCAGAAGAUUUGGAAGAAAGCCAUUAUGCUGGUUUGGCGAGCAGCAGCCAAUCACAGGUAUGCAAAUGUCUUCCUGCAACCGGUUACUGAUGACAUCGCCCCUGGUUACCACAGUAUCGUACACAGGCCGAUGGACCUGUCCACAAUCAAGAAGAACAUUGAGAACGGUUUGAUCCGCACCACAGCUGAGUUCCAGCGCGACAUCAUGCUGAUGUUCCAGAACGCAGUGAUGUACAACAGCUCAGAUCACGAUGUUUUCCACAUGGCUGUGGAGAUGCAGAGGGACGUUCUGGAGCAGAUCCAGCAGUUUCUGGCCACGCAGCUGAUCAUGCAGACCUCAGAGUCGGGCAUCAGUGCCAAGAGCCUGCGCGGCAGAGAGGCCAACCGCAAACAGGACCCCAACGACAAGGACUGUGUUCCAAUGGCCUCUCCUGCAUUUCUUCUUUCUCUCUUUGAUGGAGGCACAAGGGGGCGACGUUGUGCUAUAGAAGCAGACCUGAAGAUGAAGAAAUGAGUCUCCAAUAAUUGGCUUCCUUUGAAACACACACAGAAUGAGACUGAGUGAUGAAGACCGCAUAAGACAAUCUGUCUAAACCACAUCUCUAACAGCCAGGUUUAUGAGGGUUUCACGGGAACUUGGUGUUUGACAUUGGACAAUUAUUAUAAGUUCGCCUCAAAAUUUGAGUGUGCAUAUUUGUGUCUGAAUGUUGUUGUUGUUGUUGUAAGGUGAGUGUGUGUUGUGAUGUACUAAAGAUGUUUUGUGUACAAAUAGUGCCUUUAUAGGUAUUGAUGAAUGACUGGGAAUAAACCUGACGAAAA